UCACAUCUCACCUCUCUUUCAGAACUGCCCAUUUGGAAUUAUGAUGGCAGCUCUUGCUACCAAGCGGAGGGCUCCAACUCAGACACCUACCUCUACCCCGUGGCCAUUUAUAAGGAUCCCUUCCGACGUGGUAAUAACAUUUUGGUAAUGUGCGAUACCUAUCGCUUUGAUGGUGAACCCACCGCCACCAAUCAUCGCAAAACCUGUCAAGAAGUUGUGAAUAAAUGCAAAGACCAAGAGCCAUGGUUUGGUAUUGAGCAGGAGUAUACAUUCCUAGAUUUCGACGGUCAUCCAUUGGGUUGGCCGAAAAACGGCUUUCCUGGACCACAAGGACCCUACUACUGCGGUGUUGGCGCUAAUAAGGUCUAUGCACGUGAUGUCGUCGACGCUCACUAUCGCGCCUGCUUGUACGCUGGCAUCAAGGUGUCCGGCACCAAUGCUGAAGUGAUGCCUGCUCAAUGGGAAUAUCAGGUGGGACCCUGUGUGGGUAUUUCGGUUGGUGAUGAUUUGUGGAUGUCGCGUUUCCUCUUGCAUCGCAUCGCCGAGGAGUUUGGCAUCGUUGCCACUUUGGACCCCAAACCCAUGCCGGGUGACUGGAAUGGCGCUGGUGCACACACUAACGUUUCCACAAAGAGCAUGCGUGAGGAUGGCGGUAUUAAAGAAAUUCUAAGUGCCGUGGAGAAACUCUCCAAACACCACGAACGUCACAUUCGCGCCUACGAUCCCAAACAGGGCCAAGACAAUGCACGUCGUCUCACAGGCCAACAUGAGACCAGUUCUAUUAAUGAUUUCAGCGCCGGUGUUGCCAAUCGUGGUUGCUCCAUACGCAUACCGCGUGGUGUGAAUGAUGAUGGCAAGGGUUACUUUGAAGAUCGUCGCCCAAGCUCCAACUGCGAUCCGUACUGCGUGGUGGAAGCCAUUCUACGCACGAUUUGCUUGGAUGAGUAGAGUAGAGUAGAGUAGAGUGUUGCGCUCCGUUCCGUUGAGGGUUCGAAGGCUGGCGUGUAGCGAAUGUAAAGGACCCGAAAAGAAGAAGGAAACCAAACCAAAGGCAGCGAAUAGAUUUGACAAUAAAUAAUAUUUCUUUUAAUUUUAAGUUACACACACACACAUACAUACACACACGCACGUACACACAAACAUAAGAAAACAAUUACUUGUGAAAUACAAAGAAAUUAAUUGUUGAAGAUUUAUCUUUGAGAUAAGAAAAAAAAAAUACGGAGAGGCAAGCAAAUAGGCAGAAGGCGAAAUACCGUUGCUACAAGGCAGUAGCGUUGAGCUCUUGUUAUUGCAUAUUUGAUUUAAACUUUUUAUUUGUCAUAAGUGAAUUUAGCGAUUUGUUACGCUCAAACACACGUACAUACAUAGGUAACCAAUGGUUUAACUCUCCUACGUUUGGUUACAAUUUAUCUACGAAUUAUCUGUAUUUACAUACACGCAACACUUCUAAUGCGAGUACAUAAUUGUUAUUGUUACAUCAACAUACAUACAAACAUACCUGAAGUCAGUCUUUGUAUUACCAUUUAAAUACAAUUAUACCCUACACACAUUGUUGUUAUUUUGCGACAAGACAAAUGCUAACACAAAGACAAAAUGAAAGACAAUAUGAAAGACAAAUUCUGGGAAAGAAAUUUUUUAUUAAAUACACAAAAUAUAUAUGAGAAACGAAGAAAAGUAAAAAAAAAUUAUUGUAUUAGGAGUUAAGUUGUAUGUUUCACAUAUAUUUUGUAUGUGUAUGUUAUAGUCAACGAGAUAUCAUCAAUACAUAUACGUGCAUACAUACAUACAUACAUACGUAUAACUAAAUUUAGCGUAAUGCAAUAUUAUGUAUUAAAGCCAAACAUACGAAUUACUAAUACGAUAAAGUGAAAUGUAUUAUUGUUUAAUAUAUAUAUUUGUAACUAUUUAGCGGUACUAAUAAAAAAUAAUGCACAAAC